UUCCGCGUUGAGGGGCCGCCGGUGGAUCCCGGGACGCGGAGACCUGGGUUCCCGGCAGCCGAACGGCCCGGGGGCCCAGGGCCGGGAUGCAUCGCCGCGGGGUGGGAGCCGGUGCCAUCGCCAAGAAGAAGCUUGCCGAAGCCAAGUAUAAGGAGCGAGGAACUGUCUUGGCUGAGGACCAGCUGGCCCAGAUGUCAAAGCAGUUGGAUAUGUUCAAGACCAACCUGGAGGAAUUUGCCAGCAAACACAAGCAGGAGAUCCGGAAGAAUCCUGAGUUCCGGGUGCAGUUCCAGGACAUGUGUGCCACCAUUGGAGUGGAUCCCCUGGCCUCUGGAAAAGGAUUUUGGUCUGAAAUGCUGGGCGUGGGGGACUUCUAUUACGAGCUGGGCGUCCAGAUUAUUGAAGUGUGCCUGGCCCUGAAGCACCGGAAUGGAGGUUUGAUAACUCUGGAGGAACUACAUCAACAAGUGUUAAAAGGAAGGGGCAAGUUCGCCCAGGAUGUCAGUCAAGACGACCUGAUCAGGGCCAUCAAGAAACUAAAGGCACUUGGCACCGGCUUCAGUAUCAUCCCCGUGGGCGGCACUUACCUCAUUCAGUCGGUUCCAGCUGAGCUCAAUAUGGAUCACACCGUGGUGCUGCAGCUGGCAGAGAAAAACGGCUAUGUGACCGUCAGUGAAAUCAAAGCCAGUCUUAAAUGGGAGACAGAGCGAGCGCGGCAAGUGCUGGAGCACCUGCUGAAGGAAGGGCUGGCCUGGCUGGACUUGCAGGCCCCUGGGGAGGCACACUACUGGCUGCCAGCUCUCUUCACUGAUCUCUACUCCCAGGAGGUUACAGCUGAGGAGGCCAGAGAAGCCCUCCCUUGACUCUGAGAGUGUGGAAGGGGCACAGCAGCAGGCAGGGAAAGAGGGAGGAGCUCUUGGUGAAUAAAACCUGAACAAUUUUGUUUUAAAAAAAAGCAGAAGUAGAGAAAAAAAGUUCCAAGUUUUUUCUUUCUUCCCCUUAUACUCUUCACUCAUUAUUUAAAAAAAAAAAAUUUUUUUUUUUAAAGUGCCUUCACAU